ACAUGGAUUUCUGCUUUCUUCUUCAUCUUCUUCUUCGCUUCAGUUUCUCCCGGAGCAGAGUCCAGUUGCAGCAAGGGUUGUGAUCUUGCUCUAGGUUCUUACUACGUUUGGCCAGGUUCCAAUCUCUCAUUCAUCACACAACAAGUGCGAUCCCAGAUUCUGACAGACGAAAACGACAUCAUCAGCUACAACAAAGACCAAACAAUCAGCAGAGAUUAUGUCCAAUCCACUACAAGAAUCAACAUCCCGUUUCCAUGUGAUUGUCUUGAAGAUGGAUAUCUGGGUCAUAUGUUUCGGUACGAGAUUAACCGAGGGGAUACCUACAAGACUAUUGCUGAGACGUACUAUUCCAAUUUGACUACGGUUGAGUUACUGAGGAAGUUCAAUGGCGACACAAUACCUGCAAGUGGAACACUUAAUGUUGCUGUUAAUUGUUCUUGUGGUAACAGCGAAGUAUCAAAGCUCUAUGGAUUGUUCAUCACAUGGCCACUUAGGCCUGAGGAUACUUUGGAAUCAAUUGCCAGUAAUGAGAAGCUUGACGCUGGGUUGCUGCAGAGGUAUAAUCCUGGUGUGAAUUUCAGCCAAGGGAGCGGAUUGGUUUAUAUACCAGGCAAAGAUCAAAAUGGCAUCUACGUUCCAAUGGAGUCUAGUUCCAGAGCAGGUCUGUCUGGCGGGGUUAUUGCUGGAAUAUCUAUUGGCGUCGUAGCUGGACUUCUGCUGUUGGCAGCUUCUAUAUAUUUUGGAUAUUUCCGAAAGAAAAUGGCUGAAACAAAAUUAAUCUCUCAAGAGUUCCAAGAGUUCACUGUUGAAGAAGAGAAGGGAUAUGGUGGUCCUACUGGCAUCACAGUGGACAAAUCAGUGGAGUUCUCAUAUGAAGAACUAGCUACUGCCACCAAUAACUUCAGUUUGGCUAAUAAAAUUGGUCAAGGAGGCUUUGGUGCUGUCUAUUAUGCAGAGCUGAGAGGCGAGAAAGCUGCAAUCAAGAAGAUGGAUAUGCAAGCAACAAGAGAAUUUCUAGCUGAAUUAAAAGUCCUAACAAAUGUUCAUCACCUUAACCUGGUGCGCUUAAUUGGAUAUUGCACUGAGAACUCUCUUUUCCUGGUUUAUGAAUACAUUGAUAAUGGAAACUUAAGUCAACAUCUGCGUGGCACAGGAAGAGAUCCGCUGCCAUGGUCUACCCGAGUUCAAAUUGCUCUGGAUUCUGCCAGAGGCCUUGAAUAUAUUCACGAGCAUACAGUUCCUGUGUAUAUCCACCGUGACAUAAAGUCGGCAAAUAUAUUGAUAGAUAACAGCUUCCAUGGGAAGGUUGCAGAUUUUGGAUUAACUAAACUGGCUGAAGUGGGAAACUCAUCACUUCCCACUGGUCAUCUUGUGGGAACAUUUGGAUAUAUGCCGCCAGAAUAUGCUCAGUAUGGUGAUGUCUCUCCUAAGGUUGAUGUCUACGCUUUUGGAGUUGUUCUUUUUGAACUUAUUUCCGCCAAGGAAGCCAUCGUCAAGACAACUCAAUCUGAUGCUGACUCAAAGGGCCUUGUAGCAAUGUUUCAUGGAGUUCUUAAUCAGCCUGCUCCUACGGAAGAUCUUCGCAAAUUGGUUGACCCAAGGCUGGGGGAUGACUACCCUAUUGACUCAGUUUUGAAAAUGGCUCAACUUGCAAAAGCAUGCACACAAGAAAAUCCCCAACUGCGUCCAACUAUGAGAUCUAUUGUAGUUGCUCUCAUGACACUUCAUUCUUCCACUGCUGAUGAUUGGGACGUUGGUGCCUUGUACAAUAAUCCCAAUCUCAUGAAUCUGAUGUCGGGAAGAUAAAAAUGUGGAUGCAAAUAUUAUAAUCUUGCUUUCAAUACUUUGUUAGCAAUUGAGAAAUUUAGUGAAGCACAAGAUAUCUGUAAAUGGGGUUCUGGUACUGAUUUUUGCUUGCUACAAAAUGAGACAAAGGAUUAUGUUCGGAUUUGGAUCACCUCAAUUGCUCAAUUAUUCAAGAGAGCAGAAAGAUGGAAAUAAAGUGGGAACCACACCAGGAAGUGCACCCUGCCCCUGUCUAUUUUCGAUCCACUUGAACAAUUAAGCAAUUGAGGGGAUCUUUAUUCAACCAAGUUAUCCAUAAUCAGAAGGCAUUCGUUUCUUCUUGUACAAAAAUCUAGUGUGGCUCAAUGGUGCUGCUUGGGAGAGGCAUUAGGUCCAAGAAGAGGGGUAGGACAAAGGAUUGACGAUUCCCAGGUCUUGCAUUCUUUCUCCUUUCCUUUUCAUUUGUAAUGAUGUCUGAAAUGGAUUCGUUUUGCAUUUUAUAUUCUGUAAAUUAUUCAUGUGCAGCCAGUUCUGCUCUCUCUAAGGUUAGUGUGGUUUUGAUCAUAAAUUAGUUUAUGUAAGCUCUGUUUUGUUACUAU